CUGCCGCGGCAUCUCUCUCGCGUGCGCGGCUUCAGUCCUCCCCCUCGCGGGGGCAGCUGGCCUAACCCGAGGACAGACAGCAACAGACCGCCGGGGGGCGGGGGAUGCCGGGCUGCCGCAUCAGCGCCUGCGGCCCGGGGGCCCAGGAAGGGACCGCGGAACCGGGGUCCCCGCCGCCGCCGCCCCGGGAGCUCGUGUCGUCCCCUCAGCCCCCGCCCCCGUCUCCGACCUUGACUCCGACCCCGGCUUCGGUCUCUGCCCCGUCCGACUCGGCCCCGGCGUGGGCGGGCUCGGCGGAGGGGCAGGAGCUGCAGCGCUGGCGCCAGGGCGCUAACGGGGGCGCGGGGGCUACCGCUCCGGCAGGGGGCGCGGCGGCAGGGGCAGCCGGGGGCCGAGCGCUGGAGCUGGCCGAAGCGCGCCGGCGACUGCUGGAGGUGGAGGGCCGCCGGCGCCUGGUGUCGGAGCUGGAGAGCCGUGUGCUGCAGCUGCACCGCGUCUUCUUGGCGGCCGAGCUGCGCCUGGCGCACCGCGCCGAGAGCCUGGGCCGCCUGAGCGGCGGCGUGGCUCAGGCCGAGCUCUACCUGGCGGCGCACGGCUCGCGCCUCAAGAAGGGCCCGCGCCGCGGCCGCCGGGGUCGCCCGCCUGCGCUGCUCGCCUCGGCGUUAGGCCUGGGGGGCUGCGUGCCCUGGGGUGCCGGGCGCCUGCGGCGGGGCCACGGCCCGGAGCCCGACUCGCCCUUCCGCCGAAGCCCGCCCCGCGGCCCCGCUUCCCCCCAGCGCUGACCUCAGCGUCGGGGGCCCUGGCCACCCCCGACAGGCCGUCGUCGAGGGGCCGGCCGACGGAUUGGGACGUCGGCUGGAUGGACGGCGUCACCGACGCGGAUGGAAGGACUGACGGACCCCAGGAAGACACAGUCGGGGGGCCAGGGGCCCAGUAAAGGAGGCUGAGUUCCUCCCAGUUCCUCAGAGCCUCCACUCUACGGAUCUGGACUCCUGGAUUGAGCUCCUGCCGUGGGCAUCUCCUUCAGGAAGACGUCCCACAACCCUACCCAACGGAAUUGAUCCCAUACAAUCUUGGCACUGUCCUCCCUUCACAGAGGCCUUGCACUCAACAGUGGCAAGGCGCUGGGUUCUGGGGAAGGUUCCUGUACUCUGAGUUUCCUUAAUAAGCCACAUUUGAUUUUGGCUGACACUGUAUGCUUGGAAAUGUUACGACAGGUCCUCUGAGAUGCAAUCAGAUUAUUUAAGAAGGCAGCAAACAUUUCUAAUGUGAACAUGAAAAGGAUUUCUUUUUAAAUAUAGUCGUCGUUCUUAAGUCACAGUGCAGCUGGGGUCUGCAUUUUGGUCAAUGUCACGGCUUCUCACUCUGACAAUGCUGGGAGGCCUAUUUGAGAGGAAACGUUGGUCUGAGAAAUCCUUGCUUCCUUCCCUCACUGUCCUUGUCCUCUCUGACUAGGGAGUGGCUGUGGACUCUCAGAAAGAUGGUCUGCUGCUGGCUCAGGGGGAGGGGCACCUCUUCCUCAGAGAGACACAGCGGCAACGGCAACGUAAAAAUUGGAAGCAAAGUUUAAAAUGAAAAAAGGGAGCAUAUUUAUUCAAAUAUCCUGAUAAAAAAGGGAAGGGGGGGCACAUUUACUCACACACAACCCAGAACCUGUAUUAUUCACGAAAUGAAUGUCUCUUGAAUCAGUCUCCUGAUUUAUACAUUCAGGAAGAAUAAAUUUCAAUAAUGUGAGACAAA